AUGAUAUACACCGAUGCCCUACUCAAGAAGAGUUGUACAUGCUUUGGGAAAAAUGAUCAUCUAUUCGGUAGAAUGGAACGCGAUAUGGGACAUGGCGCGCGAUACAUGGACGGGACUCGAUGCAUCAGCUAA